UCAUACCAGACUAUCCGUUCUUUCACCAAUGUCACUCUUCAGAAUCAACUGCGGCUACCAAAACUACGACUGGGGUAAAAUCGGGUCUACCUCAGCAGUAGCCCAGUUUGCUUCCAGCUCCGAUGCCUCUGUCUCUAUCGACAACUCCAAACCUUAUGCUGAAUUGUGGAUGGGUACACACCCUUCGGUUCCCUCUGUCGCUGUUGAUGGAGGUGCAGACGUCGAAGGCAAGACCUUGCGUGACCUUGUCUCUGCGCAUCCACAGCAGUUGUUGCACCAGUCGAUUAUUGACAAGUUUGGCUCCAACAAGGAAUUGCCAUUUCUCUUCAAGGUUCUUUCCAUUGAAAAAGUUUUGUCGAUUCAAGCUCACCCCGACAAGAAGUUGGGUGCCAUUUUGCAUGCAGCAGACCCCAAGAAUUACCCUGACGAUAACCACAAGCCUGAGAUGGCUAUUGCUGUGACGGAGUUUGAAGGUUUCUGUGGCUUCAAGCCUUUAGAGCAAUUGGUCCAGACGCUAAAGACUAUUCCGGAGUUGCAUGACAUCAUCGGGGCCGAGCUCGUUGCUGAGUUUGCUUCUGGAGUGAAGCCUCUGGCCACUGUAGGUUCCGAGGAAGACGCUUCUAACAGAAAGUUACUUCAGAAGGUAUUCGGAAAGUUGAUGAACACUGACGAAUCUACAAUCGCUACCAAGGCAGAGUCGCUUGUUGCCCGUACAAAGUCUGAACCAGAACUUUUCACUGCUAUUGAUUCCAGAUUGCCCGAGUUGAUUCAGCGUUUGAACGGCCAGUUCCCUAAGGACAUUGGCUUAUUCUGUGGCUGUCUCUUGUUGAACCACGUAGCCUUAAAUGCCGGCGAAGCCAUGUUCUUGCAGGCUAAAGACCCUCAUGCCUACAUUUCGGGAGAUAUCAUCGAAUGUAUGGCUGCCUCCGACAAUGUUGUCAGAGCUGGUUUCACACCAAAGUUUAAGGACGUCAAGAACUUGGUUGAAAUGUUGACUUAUUCAUACGACUCCGUCGAGAAACAGAAGAUGCCACUUUUGCCUUUUGCCAAGUCUCACGGUGAAGCUGUCAAGUCUGUCUUGUACGAUCCACCUAUUGCCGAGUUUGCCGUUUUGCAAACUAUUUUUGACAAGAAGGCUGGCAAGGUCCAACACUUUGACGGCUUUGAUGGUCCUUCUAUCGUCAUCGCCACAAAGGGUAACGGUACCAUCUCUGUCAAGGGCAGCUCCGACGUCAAGGAAGUCAAGACAGGCUACGUUUUCUUCGUUGCUCCUGGUGUUGAAAUCGAGUUGGUCAGUGGUUCUGAUGACAACGAGUUCACCACCUACAGAGCCUUUGUGGAAGCCUAAACGUACACUCAAAUACAGUAAUGUCUACAUAACACGAAUAUAUUAAUAGAUAAGAACAAAACAC